AUGAGCAAUUUAAAUUAAAACCAUUGCGUUCAUCACAAUAGAGAAUUAACAUAUUUCUGUGAAUCAUGCGAAGAACCAAUCUGCAAGCUUUGUACUACUUUAGGACCACAUAAUUACACUGUAAGAGAAUAAGGAAUGAAUUUAGUUACAUCGAAUUAAUUCAUUAUAAGAAGCGUUUAAGAUGAGAGUUGAACAUAUAAAAUAAGAAAUAUUGCAUAAUAUUUUACCAAAGAGAGAUGAAAUAUUUGCUUAGAUAAAUAGAAUUGAAUACAGAAUUUAAGAGAUUAAAUAUGUUAAAAAUAUUAUUGAGCGAGAUUGCAGAGCUGAAAUGAAUGGAAUAGAAGAUCGUUUAAAUUAAGCUGAAUCAAUGAAAUAAACAAUUCUUUAACAUUAAAUAUCAGUGAUAUAAUAGUAAGUAUUAUUGAAUAUCUGAUUUUAGGGAUUUAGAUGAGAUGAAUGAUUUGGCAAUUUAAUUUUUUAAUUUGACAAAAAAGAAUGAUUACCUUGAAUUUUUAUUUGAUAGUUAGAGUCUAUUGGAUAGAAUUGAAUUUUUGAUUGCAAAACCAUAUAAUAAAGGAUUAGAUGAGAUUCCAGAUGAUUUACCUAGAGAAUUAACUGAUUUAAGAUUACUAUUCGGUAAGAUGGAGGGAUAAUAAUAAUUGCUUGAGAUUCUAAAUGAGAUUAUAUGGAGAAUGAUAAAUGAGAGAAAACAUGAAGAGGAAUUAUCAUAAUAAAUAUUAAAUAGACAUUCAGAAAAUGAAAUUAAAGAAUGGUAAAAGUUGGUGGAAUUCUUUACUGAAUAAUUGAAAGAAUCAGAAAUGAUAUGUUAUUUUUGCAAUGAACCAUUAGAUAUAAAAACAAUAAAUAAAAAAUGUAAGAAAAAUAAGGAUGAUAUUCCUGAUAAUUGUAAAAAAGUGAGUUUUAUUUUAGUUAUUGGAUAUACAGUUGAAAAACCAACAGAUUAAUAGAUAGGAACCAAGAGACAUUUUUAUGGACAUGCUGUUAUAUAAGCUAAAAUGCCUAAAUUAUAGGAAGAAAAAAAGAAAUUACCUAGUGCAGUGAUUAUUGAAGGAAUUAUGUCUAAGAUAAAAGUAAGAAUGCAAGAUAAAUAAGUUAAAUUAUUAGAAAUCUUUUAAGAACAUGAUAAUGAUAAGAAUGGUACUAUAUAUAAUAAUAAUUUUAGGUUAUGUAAAUGAAAUAAUAUUCAAUUAUAUUAUGCAAGAACAUUUGUAAUUGAUUGAUGAAGAGAUUGAAAAUAUUGUAAUGUUUAUGGAUUGUAAAAGUGAUAUUAAUUACAAUAUAUUUUUUAAUAUGUUGAAAAGUUCAAAUUUGAUUUAAAAAAUGGAAAGUGAUUUAAUAUAAAAAUAUAGGCCUCCAAAGAGUAAAAAAAGAACACCAUCCUAAAAUUGA